GGACAAGAGGAUCCGCAACCGGACGGAAUCUAGGACUUUUAGAACUAGAACUAGUUAGUCAUCUUUUUGGUAUGAAUGGUGUAGCAGGAAGUUUAUAAUAAGUUUUAUGCUGUGGAUUUUCGGAAGACGCGCACAUUUUAUUUAUUGGAUACAACGAAUGCAUACACCUGCGGAUUAUUGUGAAGCUGAAGACCAAACACCUGGGAAAAAUGGCCUGUGUACCCCUUAGAUGCCUCUUGGCUUUGACCCUCAUGCAAGUGGUUUUGUCGUCUGGGGUGUUUGAGUUGAAAGUCCACUCAUUUAACACUGCCCAUCGCAUAUGCAGACGUCAUCGAGAUUGCCAUAUAUUUUUCCGAAUUUGCCUCAAACAUUCCGAGGACCAUAUCUCUGCUGAGCCACCGUGCACUUUUGGAACGGGACACACCAACGUCAUACGCGCCGAUCAAACUUCAAUCUCAAGCAGCGCACCAAUCCGGGUGCCAUUCCAUUUCAAGUGGCCGGGUACUUUUUCCCUUAUAAUUGAAGCUUGGAACGCAGAAUCUCCUACGGAAUAUACCGACAACCAGAACAAUCUCGUCAGCCGUUUGGCGACAAGAAGGAGACUGGCCAUCGGUGAAGACUGGUCUCAAGAUGUUCACUUUGGAGAGCAGAGCGAGCUCCGUUACUCCUACCAUGUCUUCUGUGAUGAAUACUACUUUGGUGACAGCUGUUCUGACUACUGCAGACCCCGUGACGACACACUGGGCCACUACACCUGCGACGAAGAGGGCAACCGCAACUGUCUGGACGGCUGGAAGGGAAAUUACUGCUCUGAACCCAUCUGCUCGGCGGACUGCAGCGAGAAGCACGGCUACUGCGAGGCCCCCGGGGACUGCAAGUGUCGCAUGGGCUGGCAGGGCCCCUCCUGCACCAACUGCGUGCGCUACCCGGGGUGCCUCCACGGCACCUGCAGCCAGCCAUGGCAGUGCAACUGCCAGGAGGGCUGGGGAGGCCUUUUCUGCGACCAGGACCUCAACUACUGCACCAACCACCGUCCCUGCGCCAACGGUGCCACCUGCACCAACACGGGCCAGGGCAGCUACACCUGCACGUGCAAGCCCGGCUACGGGGGCACUAACUGCGAGCUGGAGACGAAUGAGUGCGACAGCAACCCUUGCAAGAAUGGAGGCAGCUGCAACGACCUGGAGAAUGACUACUCCUGCACCUGCCCUCAGGGCUUCUACGGGAAAAACUGCGAGAUCAUCGCCAUGACAUGUGCCGACGGGCCCUGCUUCAACGGGGGCACCUGUGUGGAGACUCCGACGGGAGGCUACACCUGCCGCUGCCCCCCCAGCUACACCGGCUCCAACUGUGAGAAGAAGCUGGAUCGCUGCAGCAACAGCCCCUGUCUGAACAGUGGCGAUUGUCUCGACCUGGGCCAGAGCGUCCUAUGCCGCUGUCGCGCCGGCUACACCGGCGCCAACUGCCAGGUUAACAUCGACGACUGUGCCUCGGUGCCCUGCCAGAACGCCGGCACCUGCCAAGACAGCGUAGACGGCUACACCUGCUCCUGCACGCUGGGCUACACGGGCCACAACUGCACGGUGCGCUCCGACGCCUGCGGGCUCCACCCCUGUCAGAACGGGGGCACCUGCUUCACCCACUUCACCGGGCCCGUGUGCCAGUGCCCCGCCGGGUUCAUGGGGCCCAGCUGCGAGUUCACCCUCCAGCCCAGCUUCAAGCCCGCCCUGCGCCAAACCCAGCAGCCCUCCUCGGCCGCCCUCACCACUUCCUGCGUCCUGGGGCUCGUGGCGCUGGCGCUGGCGGCGGGCAUCGUGGCGCUGAGGCGGAGGCGCCAGCGAGGCAGGAAGCCGCUGAGCGACACGGCGGUCUACAACGACCUGGAGGCCAUCAGCAGCCUGGCGAGCCAGUUCCCAAGCGAGAGGGAGGCCUUCCUGGGCUCCGGCGGCCUCUAUAAGAUCAGUAACAGUGACCCACGCCUCAGCCUCACGCUCCCCGCCGAGGACAGGGCCGGCUACAGGCAGUCCCCCAUGGAGGGAAGCCAAGGUCGAGGGGAGCGCCACUCCCUUUCUCCAGGACAAGACUACCUGUGGAGGGGGGACGCUGGCCCGGGGGCUGGGGUGCUGAGAUGAGACCCAGGCCUGGGCCCAGGAGAUGGACAGCCAGAUGCCUGGGUAGGGGUGGGGGGAGGCAAGAGAUAUGCUAGCACUUCUUUUCUCUCUCUUUCUGAACCCCAAAUUGAGUGAUGAAAGAGAGGAAACUGAAAUGAGUCGAUAACCGCUCAGUUCGUUUUAUAGGUUGCGGAUAUGCCGCAAAAACAAAAGGAAACAAGGUGUUGGAAAUUAAUUGUUUAUUGUGCUAAAGAUUUUUGUUGACAAACUAUGUAAGUUACCACUCUUGAAGAAUGGGAAAAUAUCGUUAGAUAGAAGUCUUCAAAGUUUCAAAAACCCAAAGACAAUAGCUUAUACAACAUGACUGUUCAUAAGUCAUUGACCACUCAUACUGAAGUACUGUUCAAAAACCAAAUACAGGAAGUCCUGGUAUUUAUGUAGCCUAUCUUUGGAAGGCGGGCCCAUGAUAAAGUGUAUUUGUAUCAGCCCUCAAGGGGAUGAAUCUUUUAUGUAUUUACCUUAUCUACUCAAUGUUUGUUCACAUUUUUUCAUUUCAAGAUACCAUUGAUUUCAAAAGACUAAAGAGUUUUCUGCAAAAAAAUCUUUAAUUUCUUCAAACAUUAAUUUCCUUUUUUGUACGUACGAUCAUUUUUUAUUAAUUAUAUUAUUUAUUUAUUUGAAAUGUUUUACCUUUAUUGUCACAAAUUCAGAUAUAUAUUUAUAUGAUGCUAAGUGGGUACCUGUAGACAGCGUGAUGGUCUAGAUCUUUGCAUUGUUUAUGAAUUCAGUGUACAACAAAAAUGUUCAGGGGAAGAAAAGAAACAAACUAUUUCAUGAAAUCAACGAAUGUACCUGGGAUCUCUAAUAUUGCUGUUUCUGACAAAUAGUCAUUUUUAUGUUCAAUGCCAAAGUUUUUGUUUUGUCAGGCAUGUGCUACCAUAUUUAAUUUGACCAUUUUGUAUGUGUGCUGUGGAAUAAAUAAUACAA